GCAGAAUAUGUUGGAGAUGCAGGUGUGUGGCAGUGGGAGUGAUGUGGGGAAACGUGGGAAACUCCUCUCACAUUCCCAGGACUGAUAAAUACUCACUCCCCUGCUUGGCCAGUCCCGGCUCAGAGAUACGAUGAUCCUGCAACAGUGGUGGCUGAUUUUGGCUGUGGAAUGCAUCUUUAUAUGCAUCUCCGGCCAGUCUUUUCCUCAGAAGAGACAAUGUGCAUUUCAAGUGACUCCUCAGAACAACAAAUACACAACUGCUGGCAUUGUGAAUGGGCCGGUGCAGCUCUGUGAGAACACCCAAUGCUGCGUGGGCUAUUUUCUGAUCAUCGAUGGCCAGCCAGAGGUCGAUCUUCUCGCUUGUGAUAUGGCUGAAAAGUCUUGCCCAGACGCAACCUGCAAGGCACAAACACGCUACAACAGUCGCCUCAUUAAAUGUGUGUGCAACACAGACCUCUGCAAUAGCAACAUCACUUGGACCCCUGAGUCGCAAGAGCUUCGAGCCACCUACUCUUACUCUGUAGAAAGCAUGAAAGCGGCUGUAAUAAUUCUGACUGGAACUUUGCUCGUCCUGUGCUUCCUGCUGAUCGUUGCAGCCAAAUGGAGAACAAUAACAAAAGAGAAAAAGGAGAAUCCCCCCUCCCUGGAUGAUUACAGUGUGUCACGACUCUGUUCCUGCCAAACAACAAAAACCUCUGAGAUUGACAUUGCUGACAUUGAACUACAGCAGAUCGUGGGCCUCGGGCAUUUUGCAACUGUUUGGCAGGGGAAAUACCAGGGAUCCAUGGUGGCCGUGAAAGUUUUCCCUGCACGCUGGAAACAGAUAUUUACUGCAGAGAAGGAGGUUUAUGAGCUACCACUGAUGAAACAUGCUGGCAUCGUCAACUUUCUGGGCUCUGGGAGGAAACCCGAUGGAGACAGUUGGCACAUUGUCCUGCAAUUUGCUGAAUGUGGUUCUCUUCACUACUAUCUGUGUAAUCACACCACCAACUGGAUGUUUUCCCUGAAGCUGUGCCAGUCUUUAUCACAGGGAAUUUCCUAUCUCCACUCUGACCUUCACAGACAUGAUGUGCAUAAACCUCCUGUGGCCCACAGAGACUUCAGCAGCUCCAACGUGCUCGUGAGAGCAGAUGGUACCUGCGCCCUGUGUGAUUUUGGAUGUUCAACCAUUCUGCGAUUUUGUUCAGGACAGGGCCGCUGGCAGAGCCACGCGACAAACAUGGAGGGUCAUGCUCAGCUGGGCACGCUGCGCUACAUGCCCCCUGAGAUCCUGGAAGGCUCUGUAAACCUAAGAAAUAGCUGGUGUCUCAUGCAGGGGGACAUCUAUGCUCUGGCCCUGCUGCUUUGGGAGAUCUGGAUGCGCUGCUCGGAUUUAUUUGAAGGCGAUAUUGCUCCACAGCAUCUGCUGCCUUAUGAAUCUGAGCUGGGAGCCAACGUAACACUGGAGAGCCUCGUCAACUACGUGUUCCACAUGGACAAGAGACCUUCCAUACCUAAACACUGGGAACUGCUACCACAGGGAUCUGUGCUGCAGGAGCUCCUGACUGAUUGUUGGGACUGUGACCCGGAUGCUCGACUGACUGCUCAGUGUGUUGUGGACAGGUUAAUGUCUCUUCAGUCUUGUUGCUCUACAUAACUUUUAUACUUGUUUUAAUCUACAUAUCAAGCUUUUGCACUGUUUUUCUUUGUGUUACUACUUCUUAGCUUUUUAGUUUUUGUCAUCAGUUUGAGCUGCAUAGAUAGCCCCUUGUUAAAGUAUGCCUUCUUCUUCUUGGACUUGUUCUCAUUACGCUCUUUUUUUCUAUUAAAUACUUACAACUGGAUUAAUAAAUGGUGAUCUAGAUACAUUAUAAGAAUUGAAAUGUGUGUUUUUAAUGGCAUAAUAAAAUGAUUGUUUUUGAGAGAACUAAAAUAAAUGUUAUUCCUUCACUGUCAGCAGUGAGCACAUACAUGCCUUUUUUCCUGGAUACAUUUUUGACAUGUCACAGUAGAAUAAGCACAAUGAAGGUAAUGAAAUGUAAUUGAACUGCUUUGAUUUACUGGUAUUGUGCAUGCAGGCUCAAUGUCACACUGUCAUGACUUACUGGGACACUUGAAUCAUCAUUAAUGUUAUUAGUAACACCUGUGCUUUUCCUAAAAAUUGUCUCCUGUGAAAAGGUCCUUUACCUCGAACCCUAAAUCGAACACAGCCGUCAUCAUUGUUACUAACUGCAGCUGUGCUUUUCAUAUCAUGACAUGUCAAAAUGCUUGCUGUAAAAAGUUUGAU